AUGGGAUCAUUAGUUCAUCAGUUACUUAAUGAAGCUCCAAUAGCAGAAGUACAAGAAUUAGCAUCUAAAGUCCUUGAAUCAAACUAUGACUUCUUCCUUUGUAGUAUUCCUUCGUUAAGGAAGAUCGAGAUCUUUGACUAUACAGCUUAUUCAGAUGUUGAUGCUUCUGCUUUGAGAAAAGGAACGCACACACCAUAUAAACUCACAGCUGAAGAACAAGUUAUGUUAGAUACGAUGAGAGCAGCAGGUCAAGAAAAGAUCGCACUCAAGAUCAUCAAACAAAACCAUUCAAAGAAGAGAAACAGGUCACGUAAUGGUCAGCUUUGGACAUGGACAUGCAAAUUACCUAUUAACUUAGAGAGGUAUCAGAUCUUCAACGAACUUAAUGCAGAGACAGCAAAGAAGAUGAUGAAAGAUUCAUGUUUCAUCUACGCUUGUAUUCAAGCUGGUGUUGACGAAGCAACAAUUAAUCAUAUGAGGGAAAUCGUUCGUGUCAAAGAUUUUCCGAUGUCAAAGAUUAAGGUUAUUGCCAAAGAAACAGGAAUAAGGUUCCAAAGAUGA